CGGGCCGCGGCCGGCUUCUUCUUCCCCCCCCCACCCUCACCUCCGCUUCCCCCUCCACUCGGUCCCCGCAGCCUCCCGGCUCCACGUCGUCCCGGCUCCCGGGGGAUGCCCCGGACCAGGCUCUCUUCAUGGCUGCCGACGUUUUCAUGUGUUCUCCGCGCCGGCCCCGCAGUCGGGGCCGCUCGGGGCUGCUCAAGCCUCAGGUGCCGGAGGACGACGACGACUCGGACACCGACGAGCCGUCCCCGCCGCCCGCCUCCGGCGUGGCCCCCGCGGCCCGGGCCCCCGCGAGCGCCGCACUGUUGCCGCCCCGGGCCGGGCCGGGCCGCGAGGAGCCUCCGCGCCGCCAGCAGAUCAUCCACAGCGGCCACUUCAUGGUGUCCUCCCCGCACCGCGAGCACCCGCCCAAGAAGGGCUACGAUUUCGACACGGUCAACAAGCAGACGUGCCAGACCUAUAGUUUCGGCAAGACCAGCUCCUGCCACCUGUCCAUUGAUGCCUCGCUCACCAAGCUCUUCGAGUGCAUGACCCUGGCCUACAGUGGGAAAUUAGUGUCUCCAAAGUGGAAAAACUUCAAGGGCCUGAAGCUUCAGUGGCGGGACAAGAUCCGGCUCAACAACGCCAUCUGGCGGGCAUGGUACAUGCAGUAUCUGGAGAAACGCAAGAACCCUGUGUGCCACUUUGUCACCCCACUGGACGGCUCUGUUGACGUGGAUGAGCACCGCCGGCCAGAGGCCAUCACCACAGAGGGCAAAUACUGGAAGAGUCGCAUUGAGAUUGUGAUCCGGGAGUACCACAAGUGGAGGACCUACUUCAAGAAAAGGCUGCAACAGCACAAGGAUGAGGACCUCUCGAGUCUGGCCCAGGACGAUGACAUGCUGUAUUGGCACAAACAUGGAGAUGGUUGGAAGACCCCCGUCCCCAUGGAGGAGGACUCGCUGCUGGACACAGACAUGCUCAUGUCGGAAUUCAGUGACACCCUCUUCUCCACACUGUCUUCACACCAACCAGUGGCCUGGCCCAACCCGCGGGAAAUAGCACAUUUGGGAAAUGCAGACAUGAUCCAGCCAGGCCUGAUCCCUUUGCAACCCAACCUGGACUUCAUGGACACCUUUGAACCUUUCCAGGAUCUCUUCUCUUCCAGCCGAUCCAUUUUUGGCUCCGUGCUGCCUACACCUACGUCAGUACCUGCCCCAGAUCCCAGCAGCCCACCUUCUCAGGGGAACAUCUUGCCAAACCCAGCUCUUCCCACCGUGAGCCUUCCCAACAGCCUCAUUGCGCCCUCUGCAUCCCCGUCCCUGGACCCCACAGACGGGCAGGCUUGUGAACGCACUCCCCAGACUGUGGACCCAUUUAUUCAGCCUGCAGACUUUGGUCCCUCUGAGGCACCGCUGAGUGUCCCACAGCCCUUCCUCCCCGUCCUCACUAUGACCUUGCUUUCCCCUGGCCCCGCCCCGGCACCUGUCCCAGCGCCACUGCCCUUGGUUUCUCCUCCUGCCUCUACUCUGAGCCCUUCAGCUCCCCCAGCUUUCCUGUCCCCACAGAAGUUCGCCGGGGUCAGCAAGUCAACCCCUGUAAUCACCCACACGGCCUCGGCCACUCUUACCCACGAUGCUUCUGCCACCACUUUGAGCCAGAGCCAGGGUCUGGUUAUCACAGCCCACCACCCAGCCCCCUCGUCGUCCCCCUGCGGCCUGGCACUGUCACCUGUCCCCCAGCCACCAGCUGGGGGACCUCCCCAGCCUCAUUUAACCUUUAUACACCCCAAACCUGUGUCCUUGACUGGCGUGAGACCCAAGCAACCCCCCAAAAUAGUGCCUGCUCCCAAACCUGAGCCUGUGUCCUUGGUGUUGAAGAACGCCCGCAUUGCUCCAGCCGCCUUCUCAGGCCAGCCGCAGAAGGUGAUCAUGACGUCAGCCCCUCUGAAGAGAGAAGGGAUCCUGGCGUCUACUGUGUCCCCAUCCAAUGUGGUCAUCGCCUCUGCUGCCAUCACCAGGGCUUCUGGAGUCACAGAGUUCCUCAGCCACAGCACAAGCAGCCAGCCUACCCCCGUCUCUCGGCUCUUCUCCCCGAGUACAGUGCAAGAUGCCCUGGUGAAGGGCGAGCAGGCCCCACUUCAUGGGGGUAGUCCCCAGGUCCCUGCCACGGGCUCUGGCCGUGAAUGUCCCAACUCAGGGCAAGCCUCGCCCUGCCCGUCAGAGCAGAGUCCCAGUCCUCAGUCUCCCCAGAACAACCGCUCAGGGAAACCCACAGACCCCAAAAACGUGGCUGCGUUAAAGAACCGGCAGAAGCACAUCUCGGCUGAACAGAAGAGGCGUUUCAAUAUCAGGAUGGGCUUUAACACCCUCAACAGUUUGAUCUCCAACAAUUCCAAGCAGACCAGCCAUGCCAUCACGCUGCAGAAGACCAUGGAGUACAUCACCAAGCUGCAGCAGGAGCGGAUGCAGAUGCAGGAGGAGGCCCGGAGGCUUCGGGAGGAAAUCGAGGAGCUCAACACCCCCAUCAUCUCCUGCCAGCAGCUGCUGCCUGCCACAGGGGUCCCUGUCAACUGCCGCCAGUCGGACCACAUGAAAGACAUGUUUGAGGAGUACGUGAAAAGCAGGAUCCUGCAGAAUUGGAAGUUCUGGAUUUUCAGCAUGAUCAUCAAGCCACUGUUCGAGUCUUUCAAGGGGAUGGUGUCCACCAGCAGCUUGGAGGAGUUUCACCGGACGGCACUUUCCUGGCUGGACCAGCACUGCUCUUUGCCUGUCCUCAGGCCAAUGGUACUGAGUACCCUCCGGCAGCUGAGCACCACCACCUCCAUCCUGACAGACCCGUCCCAGCUGCCAGAGCAGGCCUCAGAGGCUGUUUCCAGGAUGGGCAAGAGACUGGGGGAAUCGUAAGCACAGUUGGCAUGUGACUGCAUGAGAUGCCCGAAGACCCCCGUCCCCGUCCUGACACACCACCUCAGGGCUGCCCGUGACUCCAGCGGCCCACUGCCCCGUCAGGAUGCUGUGCUCAGGUCUGAAGCAGGUUUGGGCCUGCCCACAGCAGUAUCCCAUCUUGGGAACCCUUGCUGUGACCUCUCACUCAGUGACCUCAAUCACCAGUCUCCCCUGCAUUUGGGGUGGCCCAGACAAAGGGAAACAUGGCUGUUCUGCUCCUCCCCUCCUGGUGGCCUGUUGGGGGCCAGGGCCAGCAAGUGCCAGACAAGGAGACAAAGCCCGUUCCUGCAGGUGGCCGUCACCCGGGGUCCCUCAGAAGUCCUUUCUUGAGACUUGGAGACUGGCCCCUGUCACAUCGCUGUCUACUUGUGCUCCUCUGGCCACCCCUGCACACUUUCUGGCCUCUGUAGCAGCAGUGAAGUCUCCAUCUCUUGCUACCCUGGCAGCAGCUGACCCUCUGGGCUGCCCUUCUGACCUCUGCAGAAAGGAAGGCGCCUCCUCCCUGGUGUCUUCUAUUGAAGGGAAAUCUUCUUCCCGAACCCUGAGCACACAUGGGAAACUGGCUGUGGGGGCCAACUGGCCAGGUGACGGCACAGGCAUGCACAGCUGCUCUUCCGGCUCAGGAACCCUCCGGGCGGUGUCCGUCCACUGUGUCUCGGCUCUGCCUGGCAUUACAGUCACCGUGACGAUCCCAGCGUUGCCAGGGACGUGGCCCAGCUGAGGCCGUCCCGUGCCCGUUCCCCGCCCUCUUCCACUGGAAGCUGUGGAAGAGGCGGAAACACUCCGGGUCAGUCCCACUCUUGGGUCGAGCGUUCGCAGGUCACACUCCAUGAUGCUGCUGUCAUCCUGGUCAUUUCAUCAGAAGUUUGGGAGCUCCAAACCAGGACAGUCCUCAGACCAAGAUGUCAUCGUACGUACGAGAGAGAGAGAGAGAGAGAGAGAGAGAGAGAGAGAGAGAGAGAGAGAGAGAGAGAGAGAGAGAGUCUGACCCAUCUUGUGUUAGGAGGAAGAGACAGAGAGCUGAUGGCAGCGUGCCAAGAGUCAGCCCUGGAAGCUGGCUCCAGGCUAGAUGGCCAAGAGCUGUGUUCCAGUUGGUAGAGACAGGGAGAGGUUGGGGAGGGCGCCCUUGACCCUCACCCUUCUCUUGGCUGCCUCUGAGAUGCUGCAGGCGGUGAGGUGCCCUCUCCAGCUCAGGGAGCCCAGUCCAGGGCACCUCCGGGAAGGAUGUGCGUUCGUCCUGCUGUGACACGGAGAGCAGGCAGCGGGGUUCUUAGACCGCCCUGCCCCUCCUCCCCAUGCUGCCUGUCCUGAGGGGACCACGCGAAGAGGGGAGCCCAGGAUGUUCCCUGAAGUUGUGACCCACGGGAGCCUGCUGAGGCCUGCCCUGGACUGUAGGUGGAGAGAAAGAAAGGGCAGGGCUGCCGGCUGCACCGCCAUUGAUGCGGUGAGCCCGCCAUUGAUGCGGUGAGCCCGCCAUUGAUGCGCUGAGCCCGCCAUUGAUGCGCUGAGCCCGCCAUUGAUGCGGUGAGCCCGCCAUUGAUGCGGUGAGCCCGCCAUUGAUGCGCUGAGCCCCGGCGGCACGCUUGCGCCAUUGUCUGGUUUCUGUCCUGUUUUGGAUAGCUUGGGGGCCCUCCUCAGCCGUCCCCAAAAACGUGUUUACAGGUUGAGGGAUGGACACAAGGCACAUAGGCUGGACCUUGGACUUUCCACCGGGCACCUGUUCCUUUCCCAAAAACGAGGUGAAAUUGUCCUUCAGAAAGCGAAGGCCACUGUGGUAGGAGGAAACGAAACCGCUGCUGUGAGGGCCUCAAGAAGCCCAGCCCUUCCUCCUCCCGGGCCACGGGCCACACCGUGGCCGUGAGGACUCCUUCCUGUUCUCUCCUCCCUUACUGGGGAGAAACCUUGUUUUUCAAACUCCGUGGGUAUAAGAUUGGCCCUUUGCUUCUCUUGCCUACCUCUCCAUUUUGCUGAGUUAAUCUCAUCUUGUUUCAUCAAAUGUUUAAGGCUGUUAGAUUGUGUAAAACUGGGGGUGAGAGGGGAGAGGGAGGAGAGAGAGAGAGAGAGAGUGAGUGUGUGUGUGUGUGUGUGUGUGUGUGUGUGUGUGUGUGUGUGUGCGUGUGCCCUGGCAGACUAUUAGGUGCAUGUUUUUGUUUUGAGUGACUCCAUUUCCCUUUUCUUGGUGCUCACUUUUGCCGUGGCUGUGAGGUCACAAUGCUUUAAAAUCUCCAGGAAUGAUUCUGCCUUGGAGAUUUUUUUGUUUUGAAAUCUUGCCUGAUGAACCUGGCCAAUCAGAGGGUCCUGGCCUUGACUUCUGUCCUGGACACCAAGGUCAGCCUUGGACUAGCCAAGGCCACUCUGCUGGGGUCUCCACUGGGCGAUGACCACACUGUUGGACCGGGGUUUGUUUACACUUACCUUUCACUCCCAUUCCUGCCCCCACUCACACAGAAGAAACUUCAAAAUGUUAGCACUUUGGAGAAGAAGAAUAUUGGCCUAAAAGGAGAAACCACAAAGCCACCUGGGAAAUCUCUGCAAGGGUUUCUGUGAAAUCUUCACAAGGCAUCAGCGCAUGUUCUGUCUGUUCUUUCACUAUGAGUGGGUGCUGCAGAGGCAGGGUAGCUCCUGCCAUGGGGCUUCCUCCAACUUAACGGAAGGUUACGCACCAGCAGUCACCCUCAGGAGAGACCAGCCAUGCUCCUCCAGUGGUCUACCCAGCCCAAAGGACACAGUUCAGCUCCAGGACGUGGUGUUCACACACUGGGUCUUGUAGAAGGCUGGAAGUGGCCGGUGAGCGUGAAUGCUCAUGUGACCCAACCAUGAACCCUGGAUCUUGUCUGUGUACUCAGGACCUCUUACCUCCCUGUUAUCCCCACAACGUACAUACUUUAAAGAUCUGUCCUCCAGUCCAUGCUCUGACUAAGAGUGACAGCCCUCUAGAUUCUUAGACAUGGCGCCCAUUCCCUGGUAUAGUCCAGUGGCAGGUGGUAUCAGGCCCAGCAACCUCUCUUGGGUGUGUUGGCUCCUAUGGCUGCCUGCUGGAUCACCUGGCCUCAGCUCCAUUCUCGUACUGGUUCUUGUCUUCCUUCCACAGUCAGAUCCCUUUCUGUUCAUUCUAACCUGGCUCCUCGAGGCUCAGUCCUGCUACCUGAGGCCUCCUAAGGGAGCCUGGGUGUGUGGGGGCCUCUCCUUUUUCUCUCCUGAGUGUAGAAAUGGCCGAUACCUAGAUGCUAGGGCGCAGUUGCAGCCCACCAGUGUGUAUGUAUGGGACUUGGUUUCCAGUAUCAUCGUGUAGUCUGUUGGCGAGGUGUGCGGACAGUGAGACUGGUCAGUCGCCCAGAAUGCCAGUGUUGCCGAGAAGUGCAGCCUUGGCCUCAGGCCCCUGUUGCCCUGCAGUGUUUCAGAGGACCUGUUCUGGGUCUGUGCAUGUCUAAAAAGAAAGGGGCAAUUAGGGUGCCGUGGAAGAGCGUGACGCUCAGGGCAUGUGUCAAGUGUGUUCCUUCAGCGCUCACCUUGGCCAGGAGCUACUUAACAAGUUUUGAGAUUUUCGUUUGGUUGGUUUUUGGUUUUUCGAGAUAGAGUUUCUCUGAGUAGCUUUGGCGCCUGUCCAGGAAUUUGCUGUGUAGCCCAGGCUGGCCUCGAUCUCAGAGAUCUGCCUGCUUCUGCCUCCCGAGUGCUGGGAUUAAAGGAGUGUGCGCCACCACCGCCUGACCAGGUUUUGUGAUCUUAAGUCCCAUGGACAGCUGGUGGGAGAUACCAGGAAUGUGAGAGAAGCCUUAGGAAACAGUCCCUAUCCUGUGCCUCUUGAGAUGUGGGUAAGAACAGGUCAGCUCCCAGCUCUUUCUGAGGAAUGGGCCUCGCUGCUCACCAGAUAGGACUGUCUGCUUGUCAGAGCUUGUAAGACUCAAGCUUCUGGAAAGAAAAGGGAACUUUCCACAGUGAAUGUUAACGUGUGUGUGCACGCGCACUUGCUCAAGCCUGUGUGUGUGUGCAUGUGUGUUUACUUAGUGGAAUUUUAUUUUUGUGAAAUUCCUUUCCAGUUGUUUAGCAGAAUUCACCUGUAUCUCCACGCCAAACUUUGGUUCCCCGGUUAUAACCCAAGGCAUAGUGAAUUUGGAAUUCCUUUGGGAUUCCUGGUGGCAUUCUCCAGAGCUGAGAUUGUAGAGGGGAGGGAAGACACUGACGUUUUAUACAUUUCCUAGUUUACACCUGUAGGUUAAAAGGUCCCUUGGCCUCAGCCCGGCUGUGUCUCUCUUGAGGGGGUCUGGUUCCCACCCCUAGGCACUUUUCACCUGGGUCUUCGCCCUGUAGAGGGAAAGCGGGCUUGUCUGCCUGCUCUAGUGCCCCGGCUGAACCAACACGUCCCCCUCCUUCAGGUUCUGCAAGUUUCAGCUUCUGUGCACAGGCUGAGUGUCUGCUGUGUGCUUUGGUGAUGGUACAGGGCUGCUUUGAGGAGGCAGCUGCGCCUGGGUUAGGGUGGGGUCCACUUAAUCCAGAUUCCCUGGGACUGCUUCCCUGAGCCUGGUCCUCUGGAUGCCCUGCUGCUGACACGCACGUUUCCACCAGCUGUACCCAACACUACAAUGCAUUUUUAAAACUAUAUUUGCAUCUAAGACAAUAAAAAAAAACUUAUUUUUUUUUUUUUUUUGGAAA